GUGGACAAUGUAAAACUGAGCAUGUCUGGGGAAGAGAUUACGGAAACACAUGCAGCUCAAGACUGUUACUUCACAGACGAUGAGACGGCAGCCUGUGUUGAUGAAGCGCACAGGCAUGGAAAGCGACUCUGUGCUCAUGCUCGCGCCAGAGACUCUGUUAUCAUGUGCGUCAGGCACGGAGUAGAGGCCAUAUACCACGCGUCCUUCAUCGACGACCAAGGCAUGGACAUGCUCGAAAAGGCUAAGACAAAACACGUCGUGGUCCCGGCAAUCAACUGGCUCAUCGCAACCCUCCACGAGGCAGAGGCCUUCGGGUACACACACGCCCAAGCCGACAAGGCAGGCUACACCCGCGAGCUCGACGCCGCGGUAGCCGGCCUGCGAGAGAUGCACCGCCGCGGCAUCGUUGUCCUGCCCGGGGGCGACUACGGGUUCGCCUGGACCCCCCACGGCACAUAUGCGCGGGACCUGGAGCACUUCGUCAAGCUUCUGGGCUUCACGCCGCACGAGGCCAUCAUCUCAGCCACCUCGGGCGUGGCGGCGCUGAUGAUGAGGAGUCACGAGCUGGGCAAGAUCCAGGAGGGGUACUUUGCGGAUUGCAUCCUAGUCGACGGGGACCCACUCGUGGAUAUCAGCAUCCUCCAAGACCACAGCCGGCUCAACGUCAUCUGUAUCAAUGGAAGAGUCCAUAAAGCAGAAGGAAAGGACCGCAUAUUUUGA